AUGCAGAUAAGAAAAGAUCCUAGAGGGUGUUCACAGUCAGGGAUGAUGUUCACAGUCGGAGAGGAUGUAUACCGUUUGGACUUACCUGAUACAUCACAUUUGUAUCCGAUUUUUCAUGUAAGUAUCUUGAAGAAACACAUUAGGGACUCAUCUAUUUCAUCAACGGGUCCUCCUGAAUUAGAUGAAAAGGGUCAGUUUCGAAUCGAGCCAUAUAAGAUAUUGGACAGAAGAGUAGUGAAUCGACAAAACAAACAUGUCACUCAAUUACUGGUGCGAUGGACAAACCUUUAUGAGACGAAUGAUACCUGGGAAGAUUAUAUCGUUCUUAGAGGACAGUUACCAAACUUUGAUCCUUGGGGACAAGGAUCUUCUCCAACGGCGGGUAUUGUCAUAGUACAGAGGAGAAGGACGCAAAGCGAAGAGGAAAUUGGUGAAAGUGAGAGUCAAGGUGAUGUAAAGUAA